AUGUUUAAAAAUUUGAGAUUUAUAAAGGGAAAUCUCCCUAGAAGUUCCUCAAAAUUUAACUGGAAAUCCAUAAGAAGAUUCAAUUCAAUCAGUCAUACUAAAAAUCAAACAAGUUUUCGUGCUUCAGUAUAUGUUGUUCUAACUUUAAGUGCUUUGGCUUUGUAUGGUAGUGGUGACUUUAUCAGACUGGACACUGAACAGAGAGGCUUGAUUCCAGCUGAAGAAGUUAAGGAGCACAAUUCACUUGAAAAGGGGCUUUGGGUUGCAAUCAAUGGAACAGUUUAUGAUUUAACUGAAUUUGCACCACAACACCCUGGUGGGCUUUCAGUCAUAUUGAAACACGCCGGAUACGAUGCAAGUAAAAUAUUUGAUCAGUUCCAUUCAAAAGAUGUUAUUCCAAGAUUACUUCCGCCCGAGAAAAAACUUGGUACCUUGGAUGGAACUUUAGAUGAAUUAGAUGAGCCUCUUGUUACAGACGAGGCUGAACUAGAAGAGAGGAGAAAGCAGAAACCGCAUCUCUGCUCCAUUUUCAAUAUAAAUGAGUUUGAGUAUGUUGCAAAGAAGCUUUUGCCGGCACAUGCAUGGGCAUAUUAUUCAGGAGGCUCAGAUAAUGAAGUUACCCUUCGAGAAAAUCAUUCUGCUUACGAUAGAAUCUUUUUCAGGCCGAGAGUUCUAGUUAAUGUUGAUGACGUAGACAUUUCUACAGAAAUGUUGGGGGUCAAAACAGAUGCUCCUUUUUAUUGUUCUGCUGCAGCUCAAGCUAAACUAGGGCACCCAGAUGGUGAGCUAUCAAUUGCUGAAGGAUGUGGAAAAGAGAAUAUUUUUCAGAUGAUCUCUAACGCAGCUUCUUACACCUUUGACGAAAUAACCAAUGCAGCUUUGCCAAAUCAAAACCAAUGGUUUCAGCUUUACGUUGAAAAAGAUAGAAAGACUAGUUUUGAUCUGAUCAAGGCUUGCGAAGAAAAGGGUAUUAAGGGAAUAUUCGUGACGGUUGACAGUGCCGUCUUUGGUAGAAGAGAAAAAGAUUUGAGAUUUAAAAUCACUGAUGUUGAAGAUAGUGAAGAUGUGGAGUCUAAUUAUGUAAAGGAUGACUUCAUUUUGUCUUAUAAAGACAUUGGACUCACUUGGGAUGAUAUUGGUAAAUUUAAGAGAGCAACAAAUAUACCCAUAGUGAUAAAAGGCGUACAGCGGUCUGAAGAUGUUCUCUUGGCCAUUGAACAUGGCGUUGAUGGAGUUGUUUUGUCUAAUCAUGGUGGCCGUCAACUUGACUUUUCACGAGCACCAGUUGAGGUCUUAGCUGAAGUCAUGCCCAUAUUGAGAGAUAAAAAGCUAGACAACAAAAUUGAAAUAUUUGUUGACGGUGGAGUUAGAAGGGGAAGUGAUAUUAUCAAAGCUCUUUGCUUAGGUGCUAAAGGGGUUGGACUUGGAAGGCCUUACUUAUAUGCUAAUGCAGGGUAUGGUAAAUAUGGUGUUAUUAAGGCUACUAAACUUUUGAAGGAAGAGGUCAUUAGAGACAUGAAAUUACUUGGCGUCACGAAAAUUGAAGACUUAUCUCCAGAUUUGGUCGACACGCGCAAACUCUUCUCUGGAUUCAAUGAUAGGGAUUCUUCAGAAGCCGUAUAUGAGCGUUUAACUUUACCAAAGUUUCAGGACGAAGACUAA